UUUUUUUUCCAUAGAGAUGGAGAUCUCACUAUGUUGCUCAGGCUGGUCUAACUUGUAGGCUCAGGCAGUCCUCACUGAUUCACCUUCCAAAAUGAUGGGAUUACAGGUGUGAGCCAUAGUGCCUGGCCAAAGUAUUCUUAAUUAUUUUAUGAAUAGUUGCUCAUCUUGCCUGGGUUUGGGGAAAUCCUUAAUUAUGGUUAUUAAUUUAGCUUGGGUCUAAGGUUUAAAUUCCACAGUUGUCUGUAUAUGGGGCUCACGGAGGAAUAGGCCUUCAGAGAGGCAGCCGGCAUCCUGGGGUCAUAGGAGGGUUGUUGUGAAAGGGCAGGGAUCUGGACAAGAGGAAGAGAAGGGAAGUGUGGACAGAUGUGUGGAAGGGAAGAGAUCAGAAGGAUAAGGGGGAGAAGAGGGAGAGCUGUAUUAGGGAAGCAAAUGGACGAUAAGCAGAAGAAUUUACUAGGAAAAUGAGUCUAGGUUGUUGCUGCUUAAAUUUGCCAAAUCGCUCAUUAGCUUUAGCCAAAGAGUCUUUCAGGGAAGCACUUUUUGAAUCAGAAUAUCAUUUGGAGACCUCUGACUACCAAUCAAAAAAGGCUGUUCUUAUUCUCUUUCGUUUCUAAGGCGUCUCUCAAAUGAGCAAUUUUGUUCAAGUUAGAUGUUCUCCAAAUAAGAUCUUCACCAAAUCAACCUUGGUGAAGUUAAUGCUUUUCAGAGAUGGGCAUAAGAAUUAGAAUUGUUAAGAGAGUAUAUGUAAGAAGGAGGAGUUUUUCCUGGAGGAGGAGAAGAUUUAAACUUAGACAACAUCAUGAAUGCUGGCUGGUGAGGCUGGCGAGAAAUGGAAUGUUUGUGUCUCUCAGGACAUGAAAGCGAGAUGGAAGGAGAACCUCAUUCAGUUUUACUGGAAACCCACAGCAAAGUUUGUCCAAGUAGAGGCCGGUGUGAUGAGAAUUGCUAAAUCAGGAGCUGUGAGGCUGGCUCAAACAAGAGGCUUAUGAGCCCCGUGCCUGUGUCCUUUCCUAUGGUUUUCCUUCUUAUGAUAAGCAGCACUUUUUGACAGCACAACACUAAACACUAACACAAAAUAUAGUGAAAAGGGAUAAAACGAAUGGCCUGAUUCCACUAGAGAUGCCAGACAAAUGAGAAUCAAUAACAAAAUCAGAGUACCAAACUGAGAAUAAAUAGCCAGAGACCUCCACGCAGAGUGAGGUGAGCCCUAUGCUGACCACAUCGGCGCACCUGAUAGGCCGAGAACAUGGAGGCAUGAGGGGUCUCUGGGUGGCACAAUGGGUGGAAGCCUGGGGACCUCACGGACAAGCAGUACAGACUUACCAUGGGAUCACCAGGAAAACUGUGGAAACCAGCAAAGGCUAUUUAUUCACAACUUGCUAUAGCAGGGGAAUCAGCCAGCAUCACUUGCUUUUGGUAGAAAUUUAAAAGGCCCGAAAGAGAUGGGAAACUUUUAUAGUUUUGUUUUGUUUUGUUUUGUUUAAGUAUCAGAUCGGAAGUUGUUGGCAGGAAAUGUUUUUAAUUACAUUUUUCUGAUAUUAAAUCCAACACAGUUGUACUUCAAUAUUUUCCCUAGGAGAACUACUUAUUUUAUAGCUAUAUCCCAGUGUAUCACCCAUGAUCAGCCACAUAAUUUGAAUCAUGCAUUAUCUUCUCUCCACAUUCAAAUUACAUACAUUUAGUAUUUGGCUACUUAAAAAAAAAUCAUUAAAAAGUAACAAUUUAAAUCCAUUGACGGGAGAACCUCAGUUAGUUUCAAAACAACAAUUCUUGCCAGGCGGGGUGACUCACGCCUGUAAUGCCAGCACUUUGGGAGGCCGAAGCUGGAAGAUCGCUUGAGCCCAGGAGUUCAAGGCCAGCCUAGGCAACACAGGGAGGCCCCAGCUCUACCCAAAAAAAUAUUAACAAUUAGCCGGGCGUGGUGGCAUGCACCUGUGGUCCCAGCUACUCGGGAGGCUGAGGCGAGAGGAUCGCUGGAGUCGGAGGUGGGGAGGCUGCCGUGAGCCGUGAUCGCUCCACUGCACUCCAGCCUGGGCGACAGAGCGGGACCCUGUCUCAAAAAAUAGAUGAAUAAAUAAAAACAAUUCUAAUGGAAGAUUCGAAUAGCAAUUUAAAACAUGUGGCAACUAACCCUGACCCUGCGGCUUCAGCCUCCCCGCCGCUAGCUGAGGGCCGUGGCCGCUGCACAGAGGCUUGUGAGGAUUCGGGGGUUCAGGCAGCGCCCGCCGCGCGUGUGCCAGACGUGCGGCCACAAGGUAGGAGCAGUAAGAAGGAUCCAGGGAAAAAAGUCCACGAAUGAGAAAGGAAACCCAGCGUUUGUAGGGCUAGGAGGACAAAGAAAGAAAAUGCUGGCGGCGGAGGGCGAGGCUCCGCGGUGCGUGGCAGAUGGGAAUUUGCUCGGUGGCGGCUCCUCUCUCUGGAGGGCUUCCCAGCGUCCCCUCCCCCGCCAGCCCGCGGUGACGCGCCCGGCGCCCACCAGAGCCGGCUCUCGGCGCCGUCGCGCCUUCGCUCGCCGGCUUAGGCCGUUCUCGGGGUGGCGUGGGAGACAGAGAACCCGGGGAGGACCCUGGAACACGCAGUGGCAUGGAAGACGCCUAGGAAAGGGCUUCUCUUUCCACUCACGAAAAUCAGUGUGUGAGCUCGAAGCCAUUUCCCAGCGUGUCCGCCUCAACUCCCUCAUUCAACAGAUGAGGGAACUCCUCCGGGGAAGUGCAGUGAUGCGCUCACAGCUGCCGGCGGCCCAGCGACAAAGGGCGCUCCACAGCCCCGCGGCCCGAAGCCCUCGGCUCGGCUGCCACGCAGGCCCCGCGGCCCCGCUCGGACUCCCAGGAUCGGCUUCUGGGCGGGACAGCGCUGCAGUCCACGAGUCCGGGCAGGGGCGCCUCCAGACCGGAGCGGUUUCCUGCCUCGGGCACUCUGCUGCCUCCACAAACGGUUUUUGGAGGCACACACACGGAUACUUUAACACGUCGGUUAUGAAUCGGUACCCAGCUGCCAGUGGCGGAGCUUUCUGGGCGGGGCCGUGGGCGCGCGGCGGCAUUUCCUCACGCGCGCCGGAAUUUCCUCGCGCGCGCCGGAAGUGGCCGCUCAGGCGCGGCGGCGCGGCGGCGCGCCGGGGCGGGGUGGGUGGCUGAGGCGGCGGCGGCGGCGGCCCCAAGGCGUGAGGUGCCGCCCGGGUGUGCCCGCGGCACAGGAGGCGGCGGAUUGCAGAGCAGGCGAGCGCGAAAAAUCACUACCAAUAUAAUGGAUUUUAUAUAUCAGAUUGCUUUAUUCUGGAUAUCAUGGUAACAAUACAGAAAGUAUACAUAAUUUCCCAUUUCUGCAAGUAGUCAUGACUGCUGAAGAAAGAAAAACUUAAAGCUACGGCAGAAUUAUUCGGGUACCUUUUAUGGAAAUUCUGAUUUUGUUUUUAAUUUUUGAUAACUUUUUACUAAAGGUAUGAACACACAAAGAGCUUAUUUUGUUAGGCAAAUACACAUUAAUAAGAAUGCCUAGAAGAGGACUGAUUCUUCACACCCGGACCCACUGGUUGCUGUUGGGCCUCGCUUUGCUCUGCAGUUUGAUAUUAUUUAUGUACCUCCUGGAAUGUGCCCCCCAGACUGAUGGAAAUGCAUCUCUUCCUGGUGUUGUUGGGGAAAAUUAUGGUAAAGAGUAUUAUCAAGCCCUCCUACAGGAACAAGAAGAACAUUAUCAGACCAGGGCAACCAGUCUGAAACGCCAAAUUGCCCAACUAAAACAAGAACUACAAGAAAUGAGUGAGAAGAUGAGGUCAUUGCAAGAAAGAAAGAAUGUAGGGGCUAAUGGCAUAGGCUAUCAGAGCAACAAAGAGCAAGCACCUAGUGAUCUUUUAGAGUUUCUUCAUUCCCAAAUUGACAAAGCUGAAGUUAGCAUAGGGGCCAAACUACCCAGUGAGUAUGGGGUCAUUCCCUUUGAAAGUUUUACCUUAAUGAAAGUAUUUCAAUUGGAAAUGGGUCUCACUCGCCAUCCUGAAGAAAAGCCAGUUAGAAAAGACAAACGAGAUGAAUUGGUGGAAGUUAUUGAAGCGGGCUUGGAGGUCAUUAAUAAUCCCGAUGAAGAUGAUGAACAAGAAGAUGAGGAGGGUCCCCUUGGAGAGAAACUGAUAUUUAAUGAAAAUGACUUCGUAGAAGGUUAUUAUCGCACUGAGAGAGAUAAGGGCACGCAGUAUGAACUCUUUUUUAAGAAAGCAGACCUUAUGGAAUAUAGACAUGUGACCCUCUUCCGCCCUUUUGGACCUCUCAUGAAAGUGAAGAGUGAGAUGAUUGACAUCACUAGAUCAAUUAUUAAUAUCAUUGUGCCACUUGCUGAAAGAACUGAAGCAUUUGUACAGUUUAUGCAGAACUUCAGGGAUGUUUGUAUUCAUCAAGACAAGAAGAUUCAUCUCACAGUGGUGUAUUUUGGUAAAGAAGGACUGUCUAAAGUCAAGUCUGUCCUAGAAUCUGUCACAAGUGAGUCUAAUUUUCACAAUUACACCUUGGUCUCAUUGAAUGAAGAAUUUAAUCGUGGACGAGGACUAAAUGUGGGUGCCCGAGCUUGGGACAAGGGAGAGGUCUUGAUGUUUUUCUGUGAUGUUGAUAUCUAUUUCUCAGCCGAAUUCCUUAACAGCUGCCGGUUAAAUGCUGAGCCAGGUAAGAAGGUGUUUUACCCCGUGGUGUUCAGUCUUUACAAUCCUGCCAUUGUUUAUGCCAACCAGGAAGUGCCACCACCUGUGGAGCAGCAGCUGGUUCACAAAAAGGAUUCUGGCUUUUGGCGAGAUUUUGGCUUUGGAAUGACUUGUCAGUAUCGUUCAGAUUUCCUGACCAUUGGUGGAUUUGACAUGGAAGUGAAAGGUUGGGGUGGAGAAGAUGUUCAUCUUUAUCGAAAAUACUUACAUGGUGACCUCAUUGUAAUUCGGACUCCGGUUCCUGGUCUUUUCCACCUCUGGCAUGAAAAGCGCUGUGCUGAUGAGCUGACCCCGGAGCAGUACCGCAUGUGCAUCCAGUCUAAAGCCAUGAAUGAGGCCUCUCACUCCCACCUGGGAAUGCUGGUCUUCAGGGAGGAAAUAGAGACGCAUCUUCAUAAACAGGCAUACAGGACAAACAGUGAAGCUGUUGGUUGAAAUCAUAAUUAAUGCGUUACUGUGUGAACCACAAACCAGCACUAUUUAUUUAGCCUUACUUCUACUUCCAGAUGCAGUGCCUCUUUUGGAGAAGACAAGUUUAUUUUUCAUGUUCUUUCUGACAUUACUUUAGCAAUUCAACUUGAUGUGAGAAGAAAAAACAAAUGUUUCAACACGAAAUCUCUGUUUUGUGAGAAUACUGCACUGUGGAAUAAUUGACAAAUUGAAAUCUCGUAUUUGUCCCAAAAGUUGUUUUGAGUUAGUUCUACCUGGUGCCCAUGUUCUGAUUGUGUGUGGGAUUGCAUGGUGUCCUGAUUGCAUCUAGGUGGAGUGGAUGGAAUGUGCUGGGCCACUGUUGGGUGGAGAGCAGCACAUUCUUACAGAGGAGAUGGAGUGUUAUGAGCAUAGUGUGUGGAUGGGUAUCUUCACCUGCCCGCCCCUGAGUCAGCCUCCUUGAUUUGAUAGCUUGAAGAAUCCUUUUCCACUGAAGUAGAGGAUAAUUAAUUGACACAUCUGAAAUCCCCAAUCAAUCAAUCAAGAGAAAGGUAGAAGUAAAAACUCCUUAACUUACUGUUGCUUACACCCCUGAAUGUCUGUUUUUAAGCAAAUGGGUAAUGGUAGAAAAUAGGUUAGAAUCUAUGGCUUGAUUAAAAAUAUAAUGUUAUUACAUUAUCAUGUUCAGGAUUAGGAUUAGUAGUCAGUUGCUGUAAACUAUUUUGAACAGAAAAGAACACAGAAACAUUUUUAACAGAGUAUUUAAUUAUGUUAGAGUACAGGAUCCUAGCUCUGUCUGGGAACAUUAGUUUAUGUGAGCCAGCUCUAUCAGGGUCUUCCCAUGGUGGUUCAGAAUAGAUGAGCAUAGCAUGGUUUUGUUUGUUUUUGCUUUCAAUUUUCUAAUUUGGCAUGGAUCCAUAUGUAUUUACUAUCCUUUUUUCUAAUAUAUUAAUAUAUGCUACAUUUGUAUUUGCAUUACUAUAAUACUUUGAGUUGAAAAAGAGUUUCAUUGUGGAGAGAAAAAGCAAAUGGUAUGCCACAAGAUCACUCUGAUUUGAGAAAAGGGAGGAGGGGAAGAUAGUCUGAAUGGAAAUCUGAAAUACGGAAUGUUUUAGAGAAAUAUGUCACUUGCAUAUAGAAUGUUUUAAUUGAGGUAUAAAUUAAUGAGACAAAGUGAAGAAGAAAUUAUAUUCAGAUAGGACUGCACUACAUUAUUUGUCACACAUGGAUCUGUUACCAUCAGGUCAAUUCCUAGUAUGCAUAAAUUUUUUAACCCUUUUAAAAGAGACCUAUGUUGAAAACCCCUGAAAAUUCACUGAAGAAAAAUCAUUACUCUUUUUCUCAGUAAAUCAUAUCAUCUGAAAUAUUACAAAUUUCAAAUUUCUAGGUGCUAUAUUAAUUCAAUAUUACAAUAACUCUUACCUAAUUAUUCUUACAUGUUUUAAGUUGUGGUAGUUUAGUGAUUUUUUUAAAAGAUGUGUGAAAUGUUCUCUGCAAAAUAAUUCAGGCCACUGUCUCCUUUUUUAUAUUAUUAUAAUUAUUUAUUAUGAAGACCAAUGAAUUACGAUAUUUAAAGUGAGAGAACUUAAUUAUUUGCAAAGGUAAGUUACAGCUUGUUUUUUGAGAGAAUCAAAUGAGUUUACUUUUGUUCCUGUUGUUUUUAAACUAGCUUUAAGUUUAAAGAUGGAAGCUAAGCAAUGGAAAUGCUAUACGUUUUUGACAUUUAUUAAAUGGUACCAAUAAAGUAUUUUAUUACCAAAAGUUAAA